AAAUUUAGGACCUGCUGGACAAGUGAUGAAAAUAUCCUCAAAGUUGGCCUUGACUAUAUCAGAGGCCACUUGGACUGUCGGGCCGAGUAUCACAUCACUGAAGGCUCCCAAUCAUCUGAGGAAGAGGACUUCUUCUCCUCCUUGAAGAAGACCGGCCCUCUUGAAACGGCCCAGCAGUUGGAUACGUACCUGGGGUGCCCAGGAGACACAGUAGAGAUGGAGGAUAUCAGCCACCACAUUCAUGACAAGAUAGCAUCCCUCAAGUGCAUCCUGGAUCUGUCAGUCGUUGAAUUGCCUAAAAAUAAGAUUAAGAGACUUGGACAAGAAAUGUUUGCACUGGAGAGACUUCUGGAGGAGUUUGAAAAGUGUGUUGACCAACAGGAAGAGCAGCUGAAACAUAUGAAGGAUCUUGAGAAAUUAUUCCAGAAAGAUCAGAAGGAUGUCCAGCACAUGAAGGACAACAUACCUGCACACAUGCCCAGGAAGAAAGCCCCAGCAAAUGGGAACGAGCCUGCAGUGAACCAGAAGGAAGCAGCAGAUGUUCAGCCUGCCCAGCAAGAACAUGGCAAAAAGAGCAGCAAGGGCUACAUCAGGGAGAUGGCGGUUAUCAUCAUGUCCGAGUUCGAAAGCAUCCCUCAGUACAUGAAAGGACGUGUAUCAUAUGAUCAACUUAAUGCUGCAGUGCACAACAUUAACACAGCUGUGACAGCCAAGUACAAGAUCCUUCAGCAGUCGGUGAAAAUUCUCAACAGUCAUUCACGCAAGCUUCACCAGCGGUUUAAGGAACAGGAGACCAAAGAGACAAAAGGUCAGUAUUUUGUGGUGGAUGAUGACAUCCGGGAAUUUACUCAGAUGAAGGUGGACAAACGAUUUCAAGGGAUUUUGAACAUGCUACGACACUGCCAGCGCCUGAGGGAGCUGCGAGGGGGAGGCCUCACCCGCUAUAUGUUGUUAUGAACCAACAAGACAUAAGAUUAUACUCAUUUCAUUAUGUUUAUACACAGUUUGUAAAUGUACAUAUAUUUGGUAGUCACAGUAGUAUGAGUAUUCAGUAGUAUUUUCUAAUUUAAAAGACUGCUUUGUGCAUUACAGUACAUAAGAGACGUUUUUGAUUUGCCAGGUAAAUUCUACUGACCAGUGGUGUGUUUAGGUUAGCGGAGUUGGAUCUAUCUGGGGAUAUGCCUCAUUGGCUACCUGUAUGUGCGCAUUUGCAUGUUUACUGGUAUCUGUGCACAUGGAGAUUUUUGUAUGUUGUAGUUGAAAAAAUUAUAAAUGCAGUUGCUUUUUCUGAGUUAUUACAUUAUUGAAAGUGUAGAGAAAAGGUUUCUUUAACAAAUAAAAAGAAGGAACUUACAGUGCCUU